UCUUGCUCGCUGCUUGAAUCUCUGCAAUAUAUAUUGGGAAUUCCUCAAGAGCACACGCCACAUUCCCAUUCUCUCCUCCCGGAGCAGAAAAGCGCAGAAUGGCCGACACCCACCAUCCCUCGCAUUCUUCCUCCUCCCUCUCCUCGUCGCUCUCCUCCCACCACCACCAUGAUACCACCCACACACGCGACCACGCCGACCCCUCCACCCUCGAAAAACAAUCCACCGCCGCCUCCGGCCUCUCCACCCUCGAGAACCGCGCCCAGAAUGUCCUCUCGCGCAUCCGCAGCCGCGAGCCCGGCCAGACCGCCCGCUUCACCCACCCGCUGUCGCAUACCAAGACCUCCGAGGAGAUGAUCGUCGAUUUCGAUGGGCCCGAUGAUCCGUAUAAGCCUAUGAAUUGGAGUUUUCGGAAGAAGGCCGUUACCACCGUGCUGUAUGGGUUGACUACGAUGGGUGCUACUUGGGCCAGUUCGAUUUUCUCUACCGGCACUUCGCAGGUCGAUGCCGAAUUCCACGUGGGCGAGGAGGUCGGGACGUUAGGCACGGCCCUGCUGCUGUUCGGCUUUGGCCUCGGCCCCCUGGUCUGGGCCCCCCUCUCCGAAGUCUACGGCCGCAAACCCGCCGUGCUGGCCCCCUACUUCAUCGCCGGCAUCUUCUCGUUCGGCACGGCCGCCGCCAAAGACCUGCAAACCGUCAUGCUGACUCGGUUCUUCUGCGGCUUCUUCGGCUCCGCGCCGGUCACCAACACCGGCGGCGUGCUCAGCGACAUCUGGACAGCGGAGCAACGCGGCGCCGCCAUCGUGGGGUACGCCAUGGCGGUCGUCGGAGGGCCGGUCCUGGGCCCCAUCGUCGGCGGCGCCAUCUGCCAGAGCUACCUCGGGUGGCGAUGGACCGAAUACCUCACCGGAAUCAUGAUGAUGUUCUUCUUGACCCUGGACGUAAUCUUCCUCGACGAGAGCUACCCCGCCGUCCUCCUCGUGCACAAGGCGCAGCGCCUGCGCUUCGAAACCGGCAACUGGGCGCUCCACGCCCGCCACGAGGAAUGGGACGUGACCUUCAAAGAGCUCGGCAACAAAUACCUGAUCCGGCCGUUCGCCCUCCUCUCCACGCCCAUCUGCUUCCUCGUCGCGCUGUACGCCUCCUUCGUCUACGGAAUCAUCUACCUCAGUCUGGCCGCCUUCCCCAUCGAAUUCCAGCAAAACCGCGGCUGGAACCAGGUCGUCGGCGCGCUGCCCUUCCUCGGCUACCUGGUCGGCAUCCUCUUCGGCGCCUGCAUCAACCUCCUCAACCAGAAAUUCUACAUCGCCCGCUUCAAAGCAAACAACAACUUCCCCGUCCCCGAAGCCAGACUGCCCCCCAUGAUGCUCGGGUCGGUCGUCUUCGCCGCCGGCCUCUUCAUCUUCGCUUGGACCAGUCCCCCGGAUAUUCCCUGGAUCGCGCCCGUCAUCGGCGCCGUGCUCAUCGGGUUCGGCUUCUUCACGAUCUUCCAGGCCGCGUUGAAUUAUCUUAUCGAUACCUUCCAGAAGGUGUCGGCGAGUGCGGUCGCCGCGAAUACCUUCCUGAGGAGUCUGUUCGCAGGCUGUUUUCCGCUGUUCGCCAAUAUCAUGUUCAAUAAGCUCGGCGUGGAUUGGGCGGCCAGUGUGUUGGGGUUUGUCGCUGUCGCGCUCAUUCCUAUCCCGUACUUGUUUUAUGUCUACGGGAAGAGGAUUAGGGCUAAGGGGAAGUGGUCUAGGGGGUCGGUUUAUGGGUAUUGAUGCCUUGACCUCCUGGCUCCGUGACUGGCUGCUUACCGGACUGUGUCUGCCUGGCUGCCUGGAUUCCUUCCUGCCUUUCUGCCUUCCUGCCUGCCCGCAUACUCACUCACUACCACGCUAAUUCAAUCCUUUCGAUCCUUCCUCUUUCUCUCCCGAAAUCAACAGGAGAAAUGAGUAUGCUAUCAGCCCCGCACACUCUUCUAUCUCCAAUCCCUCCCACCACGACUCAAUCCCAGUGAUUCAACAUAUUAUACCCAACACCAAAAAGCCCAAACUCCAAACCCAACACCCCUCC